AUGAUCAGGACCUCCAUCACCUCCAAACUGGAAAACCUGCCAACCGGCCACUCCGACCGCACCAUGUCCAUGCGCCUCCCUCUGAAGAACAAACAGUAUGCCACGCUCUUCAGUGUGUACGCCCUGACUCUCCAAGCUAAACCUGCACAAAAAGACAGGUUCUACUUGGAGCUCCGCGGCCAUCUCCAAAGCAUCCCUGCAGACGACAAGGUAAUCUUGGCGAUUUCAACGCCAGAACACGGCGUUGGAAACUACAACAACAAUGGGCGCUUGCUGUUGGAGCUUUGCACUGAGCAGCAACUGGUCAUCACCAACACCAUCUUCCAGCAAAAGGACAGAUUGAAAACAACCUGGAUGCACCCUCGGUCCAAACAUUGGCACCUCAUAGACUACGUCCUAGUGCGCCAAAAAGACCUCAAGGAUGUCCUUCACACCAGAGUGAUGCCCAGUGCAGAAUGUCACACUGCGCUGCAAACUCAGGCAGACCUACAGUCCAAGCUUGAGAGCGUCGACUGCCGCAAAGACCCCUCACCUGAAACACUCUGGGAUCAACUGAAGACUGCCAUCCUGCAAACAUCUGAAGAAGUACUUGGGUUUACCACCAAGAGGAACAAAGACUGGUUCGAUGAGAACAACCAAGAGAUCCAGGAACUGCUGACGAAAAAGAGGUCAGCCCAUCAGGCCCACCUGGCUCAGCCGUCAUCAACCUCCAGCGCAAGCUUCGAGAUACAGAAUGAGUGGUGGACCAACCACGCAGAGAAAACUCAGCUUUGCGCAGACACUGGUGACUACAGAGGCUUCUAUGAAGCCCUAAAGGCAGUAUAUGGUCCUACUCACCACGUCCAGAGUCCUUUGCGCAGUGCAGAUGGCCAGGCGCUCUUCACAGACAAAACUUCCAUCCUGAGCCGUUGGUCCGAGCACUUUCAGGCCCUCUUCAGCGCUGACCAUGUCGUCCAGGACUCAGCAGUUCUCCGCAUUCGUCAGAAGCCAGUCAUAGAGGAAUUGGAAGAACUACCAUCUAUAGAAGAAAUUUCAAAAGCCAUAGAGCAGCUGAAGUGUGGCAAGGCAGCAGGAGUUGAUGGGAUCCCACCAGAGAUCUGGAAAGAUGGGGGACCAACACUACACAGCAAGCUCCACGAACUCCUUGUCUGUUGUUGGGAGCAGAGCAAGCUUCCAAGAAACCUCCAUGAUGCAGUCAUUAUCACUUUGUACAAGAACAAAGGAGAAAAGUCGGACUGCUCAAACUACCGGGGGAUAACAUUGCUCUCUAUCGCGGGAAAAGUCUUCGCCCGAGUGCUUCUGAACAGAUUGCUACCCACCAUCGCUGAAGACCACUUCCCAGAAACCCAAUGUGGAUUCAGGACCAACAGGGGCACCACAGACAUGGUGUUCGUCCUCAGGCAGCUCCAAGAGAAAUGCCGGGAGCAGAACAAAGGGCUGUACGUGACUUUUGUGGAUCUGACCAAAACGUUUGACACUGUGAGCAGGAAGGGGCUAUGGAUGAUCAUGGAACGCCUUGGCUGCCCCCCAAAGUUCCUCAGCAUGGUCAUCCAAUUGCACAAUGAUCAACACGGCCAAGUCAGGUUGAACAGCGACCUCUCUGAGCCCUUCCCCAUCGUCAAUGGCGUGAAACAGGGUUGUGUUCUGGCACCUACACUGUUCAGCAUCUUCUUCAGCAUGAUGCUCAAGCAGGCCACUGAAGACCUUGACGAUGACGAAGCUGUGUACAUCCGCUACCGCCUUGAUGGCAGUCUGUUCAACCUCAGGAGACUGCAUGCCUACACAAAGACUCUUGAGCAGCUGAUCCGUGACCUCCUCUUCACUGACGAUGCUGCCCUCGUUGCCCACACCGAAAGAGCCUUGCAGCGCCUAACAUCUUGCUUUGCAGAGGCUGUGCAGCUCUUCGGACUCGAGGUCAGUAUGAAGAAGACAGAGGUCCUCCACCAGCCUGCACCCCGGGAAGAAAACCGCCCUCCUCACAUCACUAUUGGCGAGACUGAGCUGAAAGCAGUUCACCAGUUCACCUACCUGGGGUGUACCAUCACAUCAGAUGCCAAGAUCGACAGGGAAGUGGACAACAGAUUAGCCAAGGCAAACAGCGCUUUCGGCAGACUCUACAAGAGAGUCUGGAAACAACAGACAGCUGAAGAAAGGUACGAAGAUCAGUGUCUACAGAGCCAUCAUUCUCACCACCCUGCUGUACGGCUCCGAGUCAUGGAGCGCUUCCACCAGCGCUGUCUCCGCACCAUCCUCAACAUCCACUGGAGUGACUACGUCACCAACGUUGAGGUUCUCGAACAGGCAGAGAUCAUCAGCAUUGAGGCCAUGCUGCUGAAGUCGCAGCUUCGCUGGGCAGGGCACGUCUCUAGAAUGGAGGAACAUCGCCUGCCCAAGAUAGCCCUGUACGGCGAACUUUCCACAGGCCACCGUGACAGAGGUGCACCAAAGAAACGAUAG